UUCCGCUAAGUUGUGCAAAGUUUUAGGUUUUGGCCAGUCUUUGUCUGUCCCUUCCCAGUAAGAAAGAGAAAUAAAAUUCAUUUUGCUUUCUAAAUCAUAAUAUAGGUAAUGUAUUUGGGCUUGAGAAUUGAUUCUUGAUAGGAUGGGGUAGCUGACAAUGCAUCCUCUCAGAGUAACCAUAGUUCCAAAAUGAAGGAGAAGCGUAAAUGAACAGCCCUUGAACCUUGCUGAAACUUUGGCAGCUGAAAAGUUUGAAGGUUGCUCUAUGCCAAAUGGCAGUUUUAAGAAGUAGUUACAAAGUAAAGAAUAUGUGCUCAAAGCAAGAAGCUUGUCACAAGUACUACAGAAAGUGACUUGGAGUAGAUCGACACCAUUUAUUCCUUCUUGAAUGAACACUUUCAAUAAUGAUUGCAAAUCUUGGGAGUCUGGGCCACCAGGAAGAUUAAAGAUGAGGAUAUCCUGGAUGUUCUUCUCUCUUUUGCUCCUGCUUCUUGCCUCAGCUGAGUUUAGCCCUGUCAUGGCUAAACGUAGGGUGUAUGCGGCAAGGAUCCCAGAGCAUACAUGUCACAAGGUUAUUGAGACAAACACAUGCGAAUUGCAGAUAUGCAUCCAGGAAUGUUCCAAGGAACCUGCUGGUGUGGGAGAUUGCAAAGACAACAUCUGUUAUUGCACAUACUACUGUAAGGAUCCCCCAAUGUGAUUCAUUUUCAUUCUGCUUCAGGCCUUUGUUGUUUUGAGUUUGUGCUAGAGAUUAGAAAUUGAGAGAGUUGGACCAUUUAAAGAUUAAGGAGAUUCAGGACUGUUUUCAAUGUCUUCCAUGUUUUAUGACAGACUUACGAUAUUUGAGUUGCCCUACGCAUCAUCGAGGCACAAAUGUCUGCAUAUGGUUAGAAUAGCACAAUGCCCAAAUGCAAAAAUGAAGGAA